CCCUCCCCACUGCCAGCUUCCAGCCCGGCACGGCUGCUGCCUGCGCUCCCCACGCUCCACCGUCCCUCUGCACGGCGGAAAAAUUAAUGGGCAAAGUCCUCGUUAGGAGACCAGCCGGGCACAGGGACUCAGGCUCGACAGAUGGGUCACUCAGGGCUUUCUGAGGUGGGACCGGCCCCUGCUCCACCAAAACCACCGCCCUGGAAAGGCCACGAGGUCCCCCACGGGCACCGGGCAAGCGUACACCUGCGACACGGCACGUGUGACGGGCAGGACACCGGCCCGACGGGCUCCGCUGCCGCCAAAGCAGGGCGGCGUGACCGUCCUGCGGCCGGCGGCAUCCAGGCAGGGCUGCGGAGGCACGGCUCGGUGACUCGGCGCUGGAGCAGACCGGGAGCGCUCACAUCUCGCGGCCGAGGAGCCGGCAGCCCCCACCGUCCCUCCGAAGCCGUGGCUGAUGUCCAAAAGCUCCGCGUUAUAACAGCGCCGGUGGGAUUGUAAUUGCAGAGGGAUUGUAAAAAUUGGCAGCCCCCUCGCCAUGCCCUGAACCCUCCCGGAGACCCCUCAUGCUCCCGGCCAAAGAGCCGUGCCUCGUCCGAGGCCAAACACCGGCUGCAGGCGUUAUUAUUGAGCACAUCGCAUCAGGAGUGCCGGGGCUGAGUCGGGACCCCACGCAGCUGGACCUUAAGGCUAUGAACUGGCAAACAGCCGCUGGAAAGGUGCGGGUCGGAAGCGCCAAGCAAGAGACGGGAGCCUUGAGACUCUCAGUGUCGCUGUGAAAGGGAUGCCACUAAAAUAUUCAACAGCGAGGAGUAGCAGGAAGCCCCGAGGGAGCAUUUAGGGAUCUCGCAAUGGUUUUUUGUUUCAUCGUUUGUUCAGUUCUGACCAUAUAACUGUUCAGGAUAGGUGACAGCACUCCAACUUCACCCCCGCGCAGGUUAGAGAGGCGUGGGUGGAGGGAGCUCCAGAGGGAGAGAGGAAUAACGAAGAAAGAGGGGGCAAAGGUGGAAGAUGGGACAGUUUCCCUUGUGUUUUAGGUGACUCUGACACCUGGUUACCAUGAAGUCCCGAAGGAGAUAGAGGGACAGUAGUGGGAAUUUCUCCUCACUCCUCCAAAAAAAAUCCAACAAUUGCCUAAUGGGAUUACCUCUUAUGCUGGCGUCAUGGGGAGCUGCUGCAGUUGUCUGUGCAGAGACAGCAUCCCAGACAACCAUCCCACCAAAUUUAAGGUAACGAAUGUGGACGAUGAAGGUAACGAGCUGGGAUCUGGGAUUAUGGAGCUGACACAGACGGAGCUCAUCUUGCACACUCACAAGCGAGAUGCUGUCAGGUGGCCCUACCUCUGCUUGCGCCGCUAUGGCUACGACUCCAACCUCUUCUCCUUUGAGAGCGGUCGUCGCUGCCAGACGGGGCAGGGGAUUUUUGCCUUCAAGUGUUCCAGAGCAGAGGAGAUCUUUAAUCUGCUUCAGGACCUGAUGCAGUGUAACAGUAUCAAUGUAGUGGAAGAGCCUGUGGUCAUCACCAGGAACAGUCACCCCACGGAGCGGGAGCUCUCCCGGACACCCCAGGCACCCAACAGUCUGGGGUACACUGUCCCAGGAUUUCCCAAUGGAUUCCACAGCUUCCCUGGAGACACCCUAUCAUACUCCGCAGCCCGCCACCCCUCCGUGAGCAGCCUGAGGCAUUCCUCUGUGGGCGAAGACUCUACUCAUGCCCUUAUUGGGCCUGAUGAGCAGUCCCACACCUACGUCAACACGGCCAAUGGUGAUCAGGAGCUGAGGGGCCGACAUUGUAUGCACUCCUUGCCUGAAGUCCACCCUCCUUUCCCCCAUAGGAACCACAGCUGCUCCCUCGAAGACCGCAAUCCCCAGGUCUUUCUGCAGCCAGGGGAGGUUAAGUUCGUGUUAGGUCCCACAUCCAACUACAGACGCGUCUGUCGGCACCACCGGGAGUGCAGGACGCACUUCUGCCCUCCCAACAACAACAACAACGAGUGCGAGGAGGAGUGUCCUUCACCCCAGUGCGUCUACGAGAAUGUCAACGGCUUGCUGCCCCCCAGCACCUCCUCUCUCUGUCGAGGCGGGCGCUUGAAACUCACCCGGGAGGACGUGGGAUUACCCGGCUGCUCCCAUCGCAGAACGGCGUUGCUGCACUAUGAGAACUUGCCGUCGCUGCCCCCGGUGUGGGAGUGCCAGCCGCUCCGGCGGGGCGAGGAGGAUGGGGGCGCCGGGGACGUACCGACGCCUUCCCCCAACAGCUACUCUGAGGCCGGCGAAGAAGAUCCCCUGCAGAACUACAUGAACUCGGAGAACACCGCCCUGCAUGGGGGCAGCAGCCAGCGGCGCAGCGGCUUCCUGCCAAAGCCUCGUCGCGGCUGCGUGCCCAGCGUCUUCAGCUUCGACUUCCCCCGGCCCUGUCCAGAGCAGCCGCGGCAACUCAACUACAUCCAGGUGGAGCUGGAGGCUGAUGUGCCGCGCAAGGGUCAUCAGAACCCACCGGUCCCCCGUGUCCCACCUCCUGCCACCCACGAAGCCCGCCGGACGGACUCCUACGCGGUCAUUGACCUAAAAAAGACAGCGGCCAUGUCCAGUUUGCAGAGGGCCCUGCCGAGAGAUGAUGGGACUUCGCGGAAAACUCGACAUAACAGCACUGACCUGCCUCUGUAAGGGGGAACGCCAAGUGCAAAGCACUGUGUCGUGGCUUCGGUACCUGCCCUUCAGUGUGACUUCCAUUCGCCAUUGCCUUCUGCUUCUCUGUUUGCCCCAUUACCUGGUGUUAUGGGAUGGCCCCUACAGCUGAUGUUAAGGCUAGUCUGUCUGUCCGUCUUCCCCUCUCCGUCUCUCCCGUGUAGUUUGUUUUUUAAAGCCUUGUGGGGUAUUUGAUGACGCUGUUUGAGGGUUAAAUUCCUGGCGAGAGGGGCAGAAGGUGCCAGCAAUAGUACCGGCACUGUGUAGAUGCAGCCUUGAAUUGGGUUAGCUCUCCUGCUUGCCUGGCAGCUCCGUGAGCAGUGCCAACAGCCUGGCUGCAGAGGCAGGGCAGUAGCAUGGUGGAGGUGUGUUUCCAAAAGUGAGUUGCUUUAGGAGCUCCACUGCAAAUCAAACCCAUUUCCCGUGGAUUUCAUGCCUUGCGACUCCAGGCGAGCUCUGCAGCCAGGCCGCUCCAAAGUCGGGUUUUGCCUCGGGGUUCUGCUGAUCCCUGAUGACUUGGGAAUUCAUGCUGUGGUCUUUUCCCCCUCAACUGGCUCCUUUCUCUUAUUUUCCUGAAGCUUGUAGAAGCUUUUUAUACUCCUGUCCCUUUCUCAGAUUUAAUUUAAAUUGGGCAACUCUAGAAAUUAAUAGAGAAGGACAGACAGCCAUGGGCGCAGACACUGUGAUCACAUAAACCUGGUUCCUGAAGAGACCCUGCUUUAAAAGAGGAGGGGAAGACCGCAACUGUGAGAGAGUUUUGAGGUUUGUUAUAGAAAACUUCAAUUGUACUGUACCCUGUUUUGAUUUUUAAGGGUUCUUUCUGAUGGCUGUUCAGAAGUGGUGUUGAUUUAUUUAUUUGUUUACUUAUUUAUUUAUUAAAUGUUCUUUUGCAUCCCAA